AUGCAAAAACAAGAAGAAGAGAAACCAAUAGUAGAAUCAUUUGAAGCAGAACUAGCAUCAAUAAAAGAAAAAGGAAAAGAUUUGAAAGGAACAGAACGUGAUUUUUACACUUCAAUCGUUCAACGCUUAGAAAAUAACGAUCAAGUCCUUCAAGAUCUCCGCAAGGAACAUACACAACUUCGCGAAGAACUCUCCAGCCUCACUAAAGAAAAGCGUUCUCGCACAAGAGAUCCGAAUCUUGCACAAGAUAUCAAAAGAACAACGCAUUCAGUCAAUCUUCUGAAGAAACAAAUCGAUAAAUUCAAACACCAAAAGCAAGAAGCUAUCAAUCGCCAAACAGAACUUAAUGUUCAAUAUCAAAACUUGACUGGCAGUGAAGGACCAAAAGACACAACAUCAGAGCGUCUUGUUUCUCUUAAAAAUAAACUUGAUAAUGCUGAAAUUAAGAAUCAAGAGACUAUUCACUUAAUGAAAGUUUAUGAUGCGAUUGUUUAUCAGUUACAGCGCCAAAAAAUGCAUUGGAAUAGACUCAUUGAAGAACAGAAGAAGGAAAUUGAGCAGAAGAAGCGAGAUCUUGCAGAUCUUGAGUUAAUUGCAAGAGAUUCAGUUCAUUCAAAGAAUGCUGCAGAAAUGGAAUACUCUAGAUUACAAGCCAAAUACGCUGCUAACCGUGAAAAGCGUAACCAGCAGAUUCAGGCCAAAACAGCUCAAGUUCAACAACAUAUGCAUGUUCCUGUUAGCGAUGACAGUAGCAACGACAGCAGACCAAAAGGAAAUCAAUCUCUUAAUUCGCAGCCAUCUGCAGUUCGUAAUCGCAAUAAUCGUGCCCAACGCGAGAAAAAAGACGAAAAAUUCAGAUCUGUCAGUGCAAAAUACGACGAAAUACGCGAAUAUUUCGGAACAAACGAUCCAGAUGAAAUCAAGAAAUUCUUUGAUGAUCGAAAGAACAAUGCAGAAACACUUAAAAAACAAAUUGAAGAUCUCAAAGCUCUAAAUGCUGAAUUGGAGAAACAAGUAGCACAGAGAAAAUCAGCUAUUGAUGAAGCCGAGUAUUCUUCCCAUAAAGGAGUUGGUGGAAACAGAUUAUUAAAUGAAGCCAAAAAGAUGUUGCUUAAAUCCAAAGAAGAUCUAGCGGAAAGUGAAAAGGAGAUGCUAGCUCACCAGGAAUUCAAAGAUAAUGUCGAAAGCGCUAUUUAUCAUCUUUCAGAUGAAAUGCAAUUAGUUCAGAAAGAACCUUUGAAGGUAAAUAGCCCGACAGAAUGUCUUGAUUGGAUAUGCCAAACAGUUUCGAAACUGAAGACUUCCCUUGAAGAUGAAGAUUUCGAUUUCAUGACGAUUUGUAACGCUCAAGUUGUUGCUCAAAAGAUUCAAGCUGAAAACAAUUUCGAUAUUAGAGAGACAGAGAGCUCGAAGAGACAGCCGAAAGCUAGACCAGGCGAAAUUUUACGUGGAAGACAACAAAAAGUUGACAAAGGAGAGUUUGUCAGCCGUGUUAUGGAUCGCAAUGCUAUCAAAGCUCUUGCACAGAGAACUGCUCAGGCUAAAGCUGAAGCUGCUGCCAAAAAUCGCAAGCAAUAA